CUCCUAGACUACAGUGGCUACAGCCACCCAAAUACCGCCACAAACAAAUCAGUCAGAGUUUAGGACCCAGAGCCCUGUUUUAGGCUUACGGGAUAUGACAGCUGACUGAAAAUCAAUGAAGUGUGAUUUACCGAGCGUCAUAAUGAGGCAAGAUAAGGCUGAAAGGUGCUGUCUUGCCUUGCAGACUCAAUUGUCCGCCUUGAUUUUUAACUAGAUUGUUUUAGUCCGCUAUUAGGAUGAGACUGAUUUGCUUAUGAAAAAAAAAGAUCAGAUUUAAGGGAAAAGCCAUGGUGAUGCCCAUGCUUUGCCUAGUGCUCUUUGUGCUGUGUCUGAGCCACUCAGAUGUGGCUGCCUUCAGUUCAAUCGCUGAAAAUGAGGAUGCGCUCCUCAAGCACUUAUUUCAAGGCUAUCAGAAAUGGGUCCGCCCCGUGGAAAACUCCAAUGACACCAUCAAAGUCCUUUUUGGAUUAAAGAUAUCACAGCUUGUGGAUGUGGAUGAGAAGAAUCAGCUGAUGACAACGAACGUGUGGCUGAAGCAGGAAUGGAUCGACCACAAACUCUCCUGGAAUCCAGAGGAAUACGGUGGGAUCACUGCCAUCCGUGUCCCUUCUGAGUCUCUGUGGCUUCCCGACAUUGUUUUAUUUGAAAAUGCUGAUGGACGUUUUGAAGGAUCCCUGAUGACCAAAGUCAUAGUGAAGUACAAUGGAGUGGUGACCUGGACGCCACCAGCCAGUUAUAAGAGCUCCUGCACGAUGGACGUGACCUUCUUCCCCUUCGACAGGCAGAACUGCUCCAUGAAGUUUGGGUCAUGGACGUAUGAUGGCAGUAUGGUGGACUUGAUUUUAGUGGAUGAAAAUGUAGACAGGAAAGACUUCUUUGAUAAUGGGGAGUGGGAGAUUCUAAACGCCAAAGGUAUGAAAGGCAACAGGAAGGAUGGGCUGUACUCUUACCCAUUUGUCACUUACUCCUUUGUUUUGAGACGCCUUCCACUGUUUUACACUCUUUUCUUAAUAAUCCCUUGCCUGGGAUUGUCUUUUCUAACUGUCCUGGUGUUUUACCUGCCUUCAGAUGAGGGAGAAAAGCUUUCAUUGUCUACAUCAGUUCUAGUCUCCCUCACUGUUUUCCUUUUAGUGAUUGAGGAAAUAAUCCCUUCUUCUUCCAAAGUCAUCCCUCUAAUUGGUGAGUAUCUGCUGUUCAUCAUGAUUUUUGUGACCCUCUCUAUCAUCGUGACUGUGUUUGUUAUCAAUGUCCAUCACCGCUCCUCAGCAACUUACCAUCCCAUGGCUCCCUGGGUUAAAAGACUCUUCCUCCAGAAGCUGCCUCGGCUGCUCUGCAUGAAGGGCCAUGUAGAUCGCUACUCCUUCUCGGAGACUGAAGAAAAGGAAACCACCUUGAAAUCAAAGCUCCCAGGGAAGCAGAAACACAGGCAAGCAAAAGACGGAGAGAAAAUUGUUAUUGCCUUUCUGGAAAAGGCAUCUGACUCCAUUCGAUACAUUUCCAGGCAUGUUAAAAAGGAGCAUUUCAUCAGACAGGUUGUCCAAGACUGGAAAUUUGUAGCUCAAGUCCUGGAUCGGAUCUUCCUGUGGUUAUUUCUGGUGGUGUCAGUGAUGGGUUCAGUUCUGAUCUUUACCCCUGCGUUACAGAUGUGGCUGAACAGCACUUUGUAGACAAUGCUCCCACAGUAGCAUACAACAAGUACAAUGCCAAGGGAUGGUGGUGCCUUCGAGCUUGGUCUCUAUUGUGCAGAUGGGAAGCAACAGCAGGAAUGAGGAAAGGUGAUGGUAACAGCAGGCAUUGACUACUGCUUUCUAUCUUCAUACAACUCUACCAGUUACAGAUUCGGCUGAGAUCAGAGAAGGACUUAGUGCGCAGCUGAGUCCUAAAGUGAAUUGGGGUUGCACAAUUGGGUUAUAAGUAUUUUACUGGUAGCCUGGUUAUAUUAAAAUAACAGCCAAGAUUAUUAGUUAAAAUUGGAAAUAGUACUUCUGGCACAAUGAUUAUACUUAAAAGGCAGAUUGGUCAGUUAAAAUGCUACUUUAUAAAAGAAGUUAUAGUGGGAACACAAAUCAGUACUCAGUUUAUCUACAUUUCCAAGUAAAACCCACAAAGUCUCUACAAAUCACUUUGUGCAUGUGUCAGAACUGGCAAUUGCACAGCACAUGCAUCAGAAAAAGUACAAAUACCUUUUAGAUGGGAUGCUCAAAACCGUGACUCUGUGGCCUCACCUUGCUGCAGGAUCAGCUCAACAGUGGCAGAACUUACCACUCUGCCCACCUGCUACCAGCCUUUAUGGCAUGCACACUUCACCUCUUCUCUUGGCCGUCAGGAAGCUAUAAGGUGUUACCCACUUUUCAGUAUUACUUGCAAUUUUGCCUGUUGCUCUGUAAUGUACCCAAAGACUGAACAAAUAAGGAUUUUCCCCAUGAUCUGCAUUUAGAAACUAUGAUUCCUGCACCUGCUUGUUCCCAAGACAAAUAGAAGAUCACCUGAAGUGUAUCGCAUGGAGAAAGGUGGCUAAGCUACUCCGUAAGGCAACAGUGAUCUUCCUAAACAGCUCAGUUGCAGGGAAGCUGCAGACAUCACUUUCAGCAAGUGAAACUUGUGGUUGGUGCAGAAGUGGAGUUUCUCCUGAGAGCUGUGGGGUCGCUGGCUACUGGGAAGAUACAUAUUUGGGUGUUGGCUUGUUCAUGUUUCCCAGUCAAUUCAGAAUUUCAUUCCUUUAAUUCAUUAAAAUGGGAUCCUUCUGCAUCAUUAGAAACAGCACUUAAAAGUGUAAAUGAGACCUGACAGAAAAUGCAGAGGUGAAGCUUUCACCACUUAUGCUGGGGCAGUGUUUUGCCAACAUGGAGUGCUUCAGAAAAUCCCAUUCAGAACUUGCAGAAGUUUGCAAGACUAGCAAAGGAUUUGGAGAUCCGAUUUUCGACCAUCUAAAUGUGAAUCUGGUAUUAAAGCUUCAGUUAGCCUUGAAACUUUCUCCCUAGGAAUGGAGGUCAGAGGGUGUUAAAAAUACAUAGAGGUAUUCUUGUGCUUGGAUUAUGUGUGCACACCAGACCUCUGUAAGUUAAUAUAAUCCCAUCUUGUUGUGUCAUCGAGAAAGCUCUGCUCACUUGUGCAAUCACUAUUAAUAAAGAUGUAUUUAGUAAAUGA